UCAAAAACCUUUUUUUUUUCCCUUUUUGUCAAUUUGACAAUAUUUUCCAAAAAAAAGAUUCAUAAGAUAAAUGCAGAUUAAUUAAACCUCGCACGUGCACUCCACACGGAAGUGAUCUCUAAGGUAUGAUCAAACCCGGACCACCACCGCCAAAACAGGCCGCCGGAAGCAGACACGGCGGCGACGGCGGCGGAGGGGUUGGUUGCAGAAAGGGCCAGAAGUGGUAAUGAUUUAAAUACUUGAAAAAGGCAGCUGGCCUUUGUCUGGGGUACCCUGUCCGUAUUACACAUUGGAGUCCUCAGACACAACAGGACAAAACAAUCCUUGCCCUUUUAAGCACCGAGAUACGCUACUCUACAACCGAGACCACGAGCUUCAAAAUGAAACCGCCCUUGAACGCUGCAUCAUAAUCUGGGACGUUCCAGUGCGCGCGUCCCCACCGUAACACGAUGUGUCUUCUGUAAGAAGCACGUGUGAGGGGUAUUAUUGUCAUUUCAGUGAUGAAUCUGUGAAUAAAGUUUCACUACGCUCUACUGUACAUACAACGGUCUACAAAACAAGAGUAUGAAAGACAAGAAAUUAAAAAGAAAAAACUGGGUAGACGACAAGCACCGCCUAGUCCGACUUUCCCCGACAAAUGUUAUCGCCUAGCAGAUUACGACACGUGGAUGGAUAGAUUUCCAUGGGCAGCCGGAAGGUGAGAACAUAUAUCAGGCAUCCCCUCCCACUAACCAUGGUUACCACAACACCACCCCUCCACUAACCAUGGUUAAACGGCGCCGCUUUAACUACUUUUUAAUUAUUUUCCUCUCAUUUCGACUCCCCUCUUCUCUCUGGAUCUUCGCUCAGCCAAAUACGAACUGAGAAACCGCCGCCUUACGCCCACUGGUUUUCCGAUCGCCUUCCGAAGCAAACCGACAUGUAGAUUUGAAGUUUUCACUUGCACAUUCCCUGAGCAACUACUUAGAAUCUGCAAAUUCAGACGCUCCCUCGGUUUUUAGCUUCAGUUGAUCUUUUGAAUUUUCCUACUAAGAGCAGUCACAGAGCUUGGUAGUUGAAGUAUUCGAGUUCCUGUAUUGAUUAGGAUUGAUUCGGAAUAGGUAGUUUCAUCAAACAACUGAGCGGCUAGGCUUUCGGUGAAUCAAAAAGCCUAAAACUACCUUUGUUGAGGUCGUAGUUAGUGAUUGAUAUUCUAGGUUUUGUGCGGAAUGGUUGAUUUGGAGAAUUCUUCGCCGGUUGCGGUUUCUGGAGAAGCUGGUUUAUCCUCUUCAGGUUUUCAUAUUGAACCAGUGACGGUGGUGGCUCCGCCGAAGAAGAAACGGAACCUGCCUGGAAUGCCAGAUCCCGCGGCGGAGGUGAUUGCUCUGUCGCCGGAGAGUUUGCUGGCGACGAACCGGUUCGU